AUGGUCGGGAAGAAGUCGGGCAAGGCCCUCCGGGAUGAGGGCCUGGAGCGGACCGAUAAUAACAUGGAAUUAUCCAGCUGGCCGCAGAUUCCAGCAAUCAACCAGAAGAACUACUAUACGGACUACCUGAAACGCGAUGACCAAAACCUCGCAUUCCGACUCCAAAAUGAAGAAGCAAGGACGAAAAUGACGAAGAAAGCGAAGGAUCAUGACCGUGCCAUGGCUAUGGCCAAAACCGAGACUGGAGAAGGAGAGGGGGAGGUAGAAGGUGACACUCAUAUGGAGGAUACGGAGGAGACCCCCGCCGAGAUGGUUGGCUCCAAGGUUAUCGUCAUCCAUAUGGGUAGUCAAAAUCUACGAAUUGGACUUGCCAGCGAUGCACUGCCAAAGACAUUGCCGAUGGUGAUUGCGAGGAAAUCAGCCACGAAUGAGUCCGAAGAACACGAGGAACCCAAGCCCAAAAGGUUUAAAUAUGAUGAUGGCUCUGAGAUGGAGCCAGAGAAGAUGUUUGGAUCUGACUGGUCGUCUCAUUUCAAUCGGAUGUCUGCGGAUUUGAAGGUGCACAUGCGACAAAAUAAGCGAAGGAUGCUUCCAAACUCCAAGGAGAUGGUGGUAAACUACAAUCGCAGAACUGCACCGGAAAUUAUUUCUGAACACAAUGACCCGAUGCGUGCUGAAUGGACCGAACUUUCUAGCCCUCCACCAGAGUAUAUUGUCGGACAGCCGGCCCUGCGAGUACCGGAUUCUUCAAAACCUCGAUACAAGUUGUACUGGCCAAUCCAGAAUGGUUGGUGCAACGAGAAGGAUUAUGCGAGCAAGAGGUCUCUAUUCCUGGAUAUUUCGUUGAUUCUGGAGGAUGCGAUCAAGAAUCAACUGCAGUUGACCAGCAAGACGGAUUGGGCUCAGUACUCGUGUGUAUUCGUCAUUCCAGAUCUGUAUGACAAGGCCUAUGUCACUCAGGUUCUGGAGAUGUUGAUGCGAGAGUUUGCUUUCGCUCGAGUGUGUUUCAUCCAAGAGAGUCUGGCAGCCACAUUUGGUGCUGGAUUCACGUCGGCCUGUGUUGUCGAUAUUGGAGCACAAAAGACUUCGAUCUGCUGUGUGGAAGAAGGAAUGUGCAUUGAAAACUCCAGAGUGAAUCUGAAAUUCGGCGGUCAAGACAUGACCGAAACAUUCGUCAAAAUGAUGUUGCAUGACCAUUUCCCUUACGCAGACAUCAAUCUCCGACGCAGACACGAUUUCCUUCUGGCCGAAGAGCUUAAGAAGAACAUCUGCACCAUGAACGAAGCCAGCGUUUCUCCUCAAGUCUUCGAGUUUCACCUUCGCGUAGCAGGCCAGGAUACGCGAAAAUAUGCCUUCAAGGCCUUUGAUGAAGUUCAUCUUGCGCCAAUGGGUGUCUUCGAACCUGCUAUUUUCGACAAUUCGGAAAAAAUCAAGGGAAGACGAACCUUGAUCGAUCGAUCCGUAGACAUAUACGAUGGGUCAUCUAAUGAUCCUACUUCUGCCGCACAGUCAGAGAUCUUGACUGCCAUUGCGCCUCCCCUGCCUAAGAUAAAUGGGGAGUCUCACUCAGUGGCGCCGGAUGCUACACCAAGCCGCCCCCAGCAUCUCAAUCCUUUAAGCAAAGUUCACGAUGUUGAGGGCACCCCUCGAUCUUCUGUCGCUGGCUCUCCGGCACCGGAGAACACAGGAACUCCUCAAGCCGGAGGGGCAAGCACACCCGCAAUCGCGGCCCCCGCAGCUCAACCUCCCCGUCCCCCCGCUGUCGAAGAAAGAGAUGACAUCAUGCCCAUCUUCGGUCUAGACAACGCUAUUCUCACCUCCAUUGCCCACGCAGCUCGCUCCGAUGAGAAGAAGAUGCGAGACUUCAUUGGCGGUAUCAUGGUAGUUGGUGGUGGCAGUCUGACCAGUGGAUUCCACCUAUUCCUUGAAGAGCGACUGCAAACUCUGCGCCCUAGCUUUGCAAAGGAGAUCAUGAUCGGGACACCGCCCAGAGAUCUCGAUCCUCAAGUCGUUGUGUGGAAAGGAGCCAGUAUUUUCGGGAAGCUGAACUCCACAAAUGACAGUUGGAUCGGAAGGCUGGAGUAUGAUCGUCUUGGUCCCCGGUUGAUGGCGUAUAAGUGCAUGUGGGCCUACUGA